UGUUUGUCAUAGAUUGUACGUGGUGGACUUUGCUCAGUGUAAUUGUGUGCAAUACCUGAAGCAGAGUUCAAAAGUCUCCACUGUUGUUAGAUCUCCAGCUCCCAAGAAGUUGUGUUUCUCGUCCAAAAGGCUGGAAAAGGAAAAAAAAGGUUCUAAUUGUUUUUUGGGAUAGAUGGGGGGAGGAGGGAGGUUACCAGUUUAUGAAUGCUCUUUUUGAAAAUAAGACUCCAAAACUGAAUGGUCAAGGCAGAAUGUUGGUAAUGCUGUGGUUAUUCGGUGUUGAUUUUUUUUUUUAUGUCAAACUCUUUAUGUUUUCUAUCCUUGUUGUGCUGAAUUUAACCAUAAUUCUACAUUUUACAUAUAGAUACUAUGGAUAACUAUCACUUGCAUGUCAUAGCUGUGGUCCUUUACUUUAAUCUUCCUGGAUCAGUGGGAGCCAAGUCCCAGCGGAUCCUUCCUGCUACACAUCGCCGUUCUGAGUGCCGGUGGGAUGGGCAGCUCUUGCUCAAUUGCUCUUUUACCAGAAUGUCUGCUGUUCCAGAAGAUACAUCACAAACAGCAGUAACAGCUGAUUUGAGUUACAAUAAUAUUAAAACUUUUGUGUGCUCUGAUGGAAGAAAUGAAGAGUGGAUGCUAAAACACCUGAACCUCAGUAACAACCUGAUUUCUGAACUCACCUUAACUACUUGUACAAAUUUACCCAAUUUAGAAACUCUAAACCUCAGUGGUAAUGCCAUCCACACCCUCACACUGGAAAUGCCUGCACCUGCACACGGGUCUAAAAAGUACAGCCUUGUUCAUCGUCUCCUGCCUGCUUUGAAAGUAUUGUCACUUGAAAGAAAUAAUCUUAAUAUGGUUCCAAGAGGGCUAGGCCUCCUGCAGUCUUUACAAACUGUCCAUAUGUCAUCCAAUGCCAUAGAACAGAUUGACCCAAAGGAUUUUCAGAACUGCUCACAGCUGAAGGACAUUGACCUGCGAAACAACAAGAUAACUAAAAUUCAUCCAGAUGCCUUCAGAGAUCUCAACAAAUUACAGGUCGUGGAUCUCCGUGAGAAUGCUCUGACAAUCCCUCUACCACAGAUACUAGUCAGUUUGAACUUUUUUCAACUUGAAGUGUAUUUCUCAAAGAAUGCCUGGAUAUUUAACUACAGGCUAAAUGCUUUUAAAGAGUUCUUUCAUUUUGUCUUUGACUCCACAAGGCAGAAAUGGAGCCUUUCCUACAAUAAGUCUGCCAACAACUCCCAGAAACCUCUCCUGUACCUUUCAAGUUUCCAUUUAAACUGCAGGGACAAUGUUUUGCUCAAAAGGGCCACAAUCCCAACAGGGAACACAUCAGUGCUGACCUGUAACUUGGACAACACAAGGGGCAAUGGAGUCUCUUGGUGGACACCUAAGGGCAGAAUUUCAAAAACUCACAGUCUUUCUCAUAUGACACUGGAUAAAAUGAAUAAUUUAGUGAUAUACAAUGCUGAGAAAACUGCUGAAGGAUUAUAUUUGUGUCUUUUUAAUACAACAAAAGAGAAAUAUCUGAUUUACAAUAUAGAAGUGAAAGAAGGAGUGUCAGCAUUUUUGGUUAGAAAAACCAGGGACACCCUUUUUAGAGAGAAAAAUACAGAGCCAAACUUUGCACUGGCUGUCUCCCUCUCUGUGGUCAUUACAUUUGUUUGUGCUUUUUGUCUGGGUGCUUUUGCUAGACCCCACCUGGAGAGGCUGUGGAGACUCAUGCGCAGGAACAAAAAUUCAGGUUCAGAACACACGUAUUCUAACCAAGCUUUUUCAGAUGAAACCUUGAGCAGAGACUCUUCUGCAAGCAAGCCAACAAAUAUGCAGCGUAAUACGUUCAACUGUGAUAAGAAUUCUUUAAGAAACACAUGGACUUUUCCUACAGAAGCUUCUACUGUGUAUGAAAAUGUCACUGGCAGUGGUGUACAUUCACCAAAUCCCAAAGCAGAGUACAAGAAACAAAGCAAUACUGAGAUCAACAUGAAGAAAAUGCCAGUGUUUUCAAAAGCCCAAACUAGUACUGACAGUAAUGAAAGCACAAAUGUUUAUGAUACUGGACUGUUUUUUGUAAGGACAGAUUACCAGAACAGCAACAAAAUAACACCAAACAGCAAAAUAAGAAACAACUCUGGUCUGCUGCACUCUGAGAUCACAAAAGCUACAUCAGAUUCUCCAGAAAGAAAAGGUGCUCUUUCACAUAAAAAACCCAGGCACACUAGAAAAUUUAUGCAGGGAAGGCAAAGUUGUGAAGAACAACUUUGUCCAAAUGGCAACAAAAAUAUACCUAGUGAUGUUGGAGAUUUUAUUCCACCCAGUAGCUUCAGAAGAGAUGCGGAUAUUGAGAAGCUAGACAUCUAUGAAACAAUAGACAACUUUCCCACAACAGAGCAUGACUGUAAAAGGACACAUUCAGAUGAAAAAGAUGCUGCAGCUGAUAUAUUUGGUGACAGUUCUUCAGCUGAAGGGGCUCCAUUCACAAUGAGUGACUGUAGCUCUUUAGCAGACUUUGAAGUGGAACACCCUGGUGUCAGUGACAACCUGCCAGUGUGCCAGUCACCUCUAGAUGAAGCCAACACAGACAGUGGAACUGACAAAUUUGUAACACCACCAGAGUCUCCAAACAAUACUGCUGAACUUCAGCAGACUGGGAAAAAUGAAGAUGAGAACAGUGCCUAUUUUGAAACCACUAUUAACUAUGGAUCAGACACCACCAUGCAGGAAACAGCAUCCACUUACACCGAUAAAAGCAGUGGCCACAUGAGUGUGUCAGAUCCAGAUACAGUUAGUUCUUCAAGUCAAGAAAUUCCAGUUACAUUUGAUUAUUUUACUAAUGCAGAGUCAACAGAAGAAAACUCUAUUUCUGAUUCUUUCCACAGUCAAAGAACAGAUUUUGGUAACAUGGUACUUAAAUUAAAACCUUUUCCCAAAUAUGAGACAGAGAAAACUUCUGAAGAGGAUGAACUGCAGCUUUCUCUGUUUCCCAGAGAACAGCAUUCCCUCACCUUCAGUAACACAGAACAAAAAGAAAAUGCACCAGCAGAAAGUACAGAUGAGCACACAGCCAGGAACUACCCUGAAAAGAGUCAUGGUGAAGCAGGCAUUAAGGCAGAGUCAACAGAAGAAAACUCUAUUUCUGAUUCUUUCCACAGUCAAAGAACAGAUUUUGGUAACAUGGUACAUAAGUUAAAACCUUUUCCCAAAUAUGAGACAGAAAAAACUUCUAUAGAGGACAAACUGCAGCUUUCUCUUCUUCCCAGAGAACCACAGCACUUCCUCAGCUUCAGUCACACAGAACAAAAAGAAAAUGCACCAGCAGAAAGUACAGAUGAGCACACAGCCAGGAACUACCCUGAAAAGAAUCAUGGUGAAGCAGACAUUAAGGCAGAGUCAACAAAAGAAAACUCUAUUUCUGAUUCUUUCCACAGUCAAAGAACAGAUUUUGGUAACAUGGUACUUAAGACAGAGAAAACUUCUGUAGAGGAUGAACUGCAGCUUUCUCUUCUUCCCAGAGAACCACAGCAUUCUCCCACCUUCAGUCACACAGAACAAAAAGAAAAUGCACCAGCAGAAAGUACAGAUGAGCACACAGCCAGGAACUCCCUUGAAAAGAAUCAUGGUGAAGCAGACAUUAAUGCAGAGUCCACUGUUUCUGAUUAUUUCCACAAUCAAAGUAAAGAUUUUGGUACCAUGGCACCUAAAUUAAAACCUUUUCCCAAAUAUGAGACAGAGAAAACUUCUGAAGAGGAUGAACUGCAGCUUUCUCUGCUUCCCAGAGAACCACAGCAUUCUCCCACCUUCAGUCACACAGAACAAAAAGAAAAUGCACCAGCAGAAAGUACAGAGGAGCACACAGCCAGGAAUUCCCCUGAAAAGAAUCAUGGUGAAGCAGACAUUACAUUACAAAGAAACACGAGUACAUCUGAGGACAAAGGCUUUAUUUUUGCUCCCAUUGAUACUGGUUUGAAUGAGGUUGUAAGAAAACCAUUACUGCUGCAUUCCAGCCAAGAAUCAUCUCUUCAACUGCUGCCUGAACACACAGCUAAAAAACAUUUCAUGUUUGUUACACAGGAAGAUGACUUGCUACCACAAGAGAAGCAGGCUUGUGCAGAUGAAAUGCAAGGAGGUUCUGAUGAGAAAAAUUCUGAUGGAUUCACAGAAUUGCAGGAAAGCAGCAAUCACAGCCUGCCUGAAGAAAAGCAGUCUUGUAGUCCUACAGCAGUUGUGCUGCAUCUUCACAGUUCUGGGAAAACACAAUCAGAAUUCGCAAAAAAUGAUCCCAUCCAACUAGAUCAUGGUGAUGAGGAUGCAUAUUCUUUCUCAAUCCCACAAGGUUUCUUCAAUGAAAGCACACCAUACAGCUCAUGUUCCUUCCCACAAAAGCCUACAGGAAAUACAAUCUCUGAAAGCACCGAUUCCAGCAAGAUGAAGGAUCACACUACUUUGUCCGAACUGGAGAACCACUCUGCAAUAACUGGAGAACACUUCCAAAAUUCCAGUGAAAAUCUCAGCCAAAAAAGUCAGACAAAUUCGAGACAGGACCAGUUUUUUGUUAAGAAGAAAAGAGCAUUUGAUGGUUUUGCUAAUAUUUUGCAAAGCAGGAGAACAAACUUCAAUAGCUGAAACACAAAAUGAUAACACUAAGCUCCCACAGUGUUUAUGUCACUACAGCAGGUGCAAACAUUUUGUUUUGAAGUGAAAUUACUUUUGUUUAGAAAGGUACCCAUAAAAAACCUAAUAACAGACUUUAUAAAAAGCUACUCCAGAAUAUUAAUAAACCUUUUGCUGAAUUAUGUUUACUUUCGCAUUAUUGGUAGUUGAUACUACUACAUCAUUUCCCUUGGAAUUUGCUUCAGAUACUCAGUUUUGUCUUUUUGUCUAAAAUAAAUGCAAUAUGGAAAUUUACAUUAUUACUAUUACUGUGCUUUCUUACGGGACUCAAACUAUAUAUACAGUGUGUGUAUAUAUAUAUAUAUAUAUAUAUAUAUAUAUACAGUGAAAGAGUACAUACUACUGUCUUCUGCUUUUUGAGCCAGAUUUGUGGAUUAUCUCUGAAUUCCUAGUGUUGCAAAAAUAAGUAGAGUCCAAGUAGUAUUCAAUUACAUUUCAAAAAUUACAUUUUAACUUAGCAAAAGAGAGAAAACCACGUUUCUCAAAGACACAGAAUAGAGUUCAAUUCCCCAGAAACAUCAGUUAUAGAAAUGUAGCUAUAAUGAGACAUCACCUGAAGUUUGCAGAUGUGGUGACACAGGCAGGGUAAUUUUAAAAGAGACAAAGUAUCCUACAUCCAUUUGAGACUUUUAUUUAAGAGGGGAAAAUCAAGAGUUGAAAACUGCUAUUUUAAAACAUCAGUAGCCAAUAGAUAGCAAUUGUAAGGUAAAAUUACCUCUGAAUAUAGCCCAAGGCCCUAUCAACAGACUCAGUACCACUGAUGCAGUCCUUGAAGGGAAAUGUCAUCAUAAAAGGGAGCAGACCCAGUCCUGGGAAAACGUAGGAUGUUGGCUACAACUCUAGGAAAACUCUUUCACAAAGACACAAUUAACUCCUAAAAACUCCAAACAGAAGGAACAUAUUUCAAUUCCAUCACAAGAGAAGCAAAUCCAAUGGCACACUACAUCACUGAAACUACCUUUAAAGAAAAAACUAAGAACAAAGUGUCACAGCCAGUUUCAGUAAAGCUCAUUAUCCACACAAGUUCUUUGUGGCCAAAACAACUUUAAAAAUGCAAUGCCUGAAAAAAGCACUGACUCACUCUUUUUGGUAUCUGUGGGUCUUCAAAUAUCAUUAACACCUCUCCAAGGCCUGUCACCUUUUGGUUGUUGCAGCUACUAACGUGUUAAGAAAUCUAACCAUACAAGCAAGGCAAUUUUGUGAAUCAUGGGGGAAAAAACACACUCGAGUGCUCUAUUGGUAUCUCAUACACUGAAAUGCUUUGCCAUUUGCUCGUGCAACAGUCCAACAGGAUUUCAAAAUAUAAAGUGGAAAAUGAUUUUCUCGUCUUUUUUUCUGACCAUGAGAAUGCUGUGGUGGUGAGGCAGACAGUACACUCUACAUGUGAGAACCUGCAGGAUUUCUAAGAUUCCCUUUAUCCCAUAAAGAUGUGGAAAAGUUUCUGUUCUUGUCAGACAAAAUAAAUUCAUUCCUUUAUAGUGGGAUUUUAACAUGUGGCAAAGUAUUCAUUCUACUGCCAAAAUAUUAUGUUUCAUCUCAAACUUAUCUUUGUAUAGCUGCCAAAUCUUGCCACUGUCCUUUACUACUCACCUCUCCAUUCUUACUAUCACAUCUUCAUUCAAAUUCAAACUCAGCUGCUUCUCCUUCAUAUUAGUUCAUUUCAUUAGCAAUUGCUCUUUAGUACGUCAAAUGCAGUAAUCAGGAUGAAACAAAACUCCCAUUUUCAAACAUAUAAUAGUUUGAAAAUUGUCAAGUUAUUUGCUGUGGGUACAAAGCCUGAAUAUGCUGAAAAUUGAGCUGGAAAAUAACCCUUAAAUAUAAGAAGAAGACACACACAUUUAACUUACACAUGACCAACAAAAGAAACUUUUUUGGAUAGUAAAUUCUUUAUGGUAGAGAAGACUGUGACUCAUCCCCUCUGAUAAAUACAGAUAAGCAAGAGCCUACAUUCUGAGAAUUGGCAAAGCCAAUCCCAGCCUUCAUCAGAAACAUAAAUACAAUGAAAAACUUCUUCACUAUGGGUUCUGCAUGACAAUAUUCUAAUUACAAUGUAAAUACAUCCACUUCAAGUCAUAUUUUAAGUCAAGGUUGGAAGCAAUACCUGGGGGUCACCUAGUCCAAUGAUCCUGGCCAAGCAAUGCCACUUAGAGCCAGUUGCUCAGGACACUUUCAGAGGGCUAUCUGAGUAUCUCAAGGACAGACUCAGUAUCAGUGCAUGGUGACCCUCACAGCAAAACAGAGAAGUUCCUGAUGUGCAGAUGGAGCCUCCUAAGUUUCAGUUAAUGCCCACUGCCUCUGUCCUGUCACUAAGCACUGGCUGAAGAGUCUUUGUCUUCUUUACACCCUCCCUUCAGAUAUUGGAACACUUCAGUAAGACUUCCCAUAGAAUCUUCUCCAGGCCAAACAGCUGUAAGCCUUUCCUCAUGGGACAGAAGUUCCCAUCCCUUCAUUUCCUUCCUCAUUAUCUUCACGGCCCUUUACUGGACUGUCUCCAGAAUGUCACAGUGUCACCGGCACUGGGAAGCCCAGAACUGGACACAACAGGUGUGGCCUCAUCAGGGCUGUGUAGGAGGGAAGAGUCAACCCUCAGCCUACUGGCAGUACCUGGUCAGAAUCAGGCAGGAACCACUCACCUUCUUCACUGCAAGGACUUGUUGCUAGCUCAUCUCCGACUCGGUGUCCACCAGGACCUCCAGGCCCUUUUCUGCCAAGCUGCUUCCCAGCUGGGUGGCCCCCAGCAGAUACUGGUGCAGGGGGCUGCUCCUCCCCAGCUGCAGGACUUUGCACCUCUCCAGGAUGAAGCUCUUGUAGUUCCUGUCAGGCCAUUUCUCAAGCAUGCUGAGAUCCUUCUGGAAGGCAGUAUGGUCAUCUGGCUUAUCAUCCUUUACUUCCAACUCUGUCAUAUCAGCAAACUUGCUGUGCCCCAUCACCCAGGUCAGUAAUGAAGCUGUUGAACAGGACUGGACGCAGCUCUGACCCUGGGGCUAGAGCACUAGUUACUGGUCUCCAGUUAGACUUUGCUCUGCAGAGCACCACUCCCUGGGCCCUACAAUUUUCAGUUUUCACCCAUCUGUUCAUCCAUUCCAUAUAUCAACAGCUUUUCUAUGAGGACCUUGUGGUUCAAAAAGCUGGACCAAGAUAAGUGGGUAAGAAUUAUCCUUCUGUAAAAUUUUGUCUUGAGGCAUUUCUGCUCAAAUUCACUUAUUGUUGAAAACGUUCGUUUUAAUGUUUUACACCAACACACUCCAUUUGAACCAUAACCUUUUUGAUACAUGUACCUGUUCCCAACAGUUUUAAAUACAGAUUUGCUCCACUAUUAGAAACCAGGGGGACAAGAUCCUACACACAAAUUCCCUGCUAAUAUUUAAUAAAGGCUGCCAGCUGAUGUAUGUUCAGAUAUGAGAAUUCCUGAACUAUGAAUCACAGAAAAAUCUGAAGUCAGUUUCUGAUACCAACACAAAUACUGUUUAUUUGUGAGAUGCCAUUUUAGAACAACACCAAGAAAAGACCUAAAAAAAAUCAACUGGAUUAACUCAUGUUAGGUGGCAUAAUAGUAUUUUCAUCAUAUUGUGAGUCACAGGAGUUAGCACACCUUAAUUAUGUAAUAUCCAGGUAACUAAGACAUAAAGCAUUCACAGUUACAGGUUAACUGCUGUUCCUGCCACAGCAGUGUCAGUAGGUGCUAUCUGGACACGUACACAUGCACACACACACACAGUGGGGGAGUGGGUGAGGAUUUAAAAAAUAAAAACAAACAAACAAACAAACAAAAAAAGCUGAAUUUUGGUCUCAAUUACAGAAAACAAACCAUUCUGUUUGUGGAUGGAUUCUAUAUACUUUUACAACAAUAUGAAAAGACAAAAUAUAAGGCCUAGAAAGAGGUAUGUUAGCAGCUAUAAAUAAAACCAGGGCACAAGCUAACCUUUAAAGCUGCCUAUAUAAAUUCCAAGAGUAUCAAACAAUUUGACACUUGUGACUAAGGGUCAACAGAAAUCUGGGAAAACCUUAACACAACUGAAGUCCAUUUCUUGCCCUUCAAAAUAGUCACUUGGGAACAUGAAUGAAGUAGCAAUAAGCCACAACUAAUUUUGAUUGUGUGAGAAUAUUUCUGAUGAAAUAAAACACGUUUGUGGUAAAAUGGGAGAAGCCUCUACAGAAUUAAAAAUGGCAACAGAAAGAGAACCCAAGUAGUUAUUGCAGCUUAAAAACAACCUUAAAGAGGUUUUAACUGAAAACUCAAAUACGUAAAUAUUUUCAGUAAUUUCAAUGUUCUUCGGUUUGCUUUCCUUGGAAAAGAUAAAAAAGUGAAGAAAUAACAGCAAUAGAGAAUUAUAUUAGUACUUCAAGUACUUAGUCACUUUGCUUUAGAAGAAAAUUUAAUUCAUGGACUGUUUUGGUUACUAGUAUUAAUAGAAUCAUUUAGGUUGAAAAGAUUCUUAAGACUACUGAGUGGAAAGAGCUCCAAAUGUUUGUCAUCUAUUAAAGAACAUCAACUGCUAUAGUCUCUGGACACUGUUUUCCUUUCACUAACUGUCUUUCCAAUUUACAUCUCCCAAACACCAAAAAUGAACUGUAGAUUGAUCAUCAAGUUUCUGCUAAAAGUUCAAUCACAGUACACCACUAACAUGAGCACAAGACCCAUAACACUUCUUCAGGAAUGACCUCUCAAGUGUCUUGUCCCAGAAAACAGCAUGUUUUCUACAUUACUUCUCUUAGGGGUUGGGAUGGGAGCCCAUAAUCAAACAAAAAAAAAA